AUGGCCCAGGAGGGUAUAAAAGGUCCAGUGGCGGACAUCCAGGUGCCAAAAGACUCCCAGCACCAGGACGGGACCACAGGACUCCGCAGGCCCAGUAAGGAGCCCUUGACUCUCCAGCCGGAAGCCAUGCUGCUGUGGCUGACCCUCGCCCUCCUGUGGAGCCCCACCAGCUGGGCAGGGAAGACAUUUGGGCCUGGAGGAGGUACCUAUUUCUGUACCUCUAGAGACUUCCAAAACGAUAUCACUGGGAUUCGAGUGUUCAUAGGUCCUCAGGGCCUAAUCAAGAGUAUCCAGGUGAGAUAUGGCUCUUCCUGGAGUGAGAAAUAUGGAGCCCCAGGUGGGACCCCUCAGGAAUUCAUUCUGCUUCCGGAAGAACACAUUACAGGAAUCUACGGUGCCUAUAAGAAUUUCCUCCGCUACUUGGUCAUAUACACGGACCAAGGGAGGGUGUUCCCAUUUGGGAAGGAAGAUGGCAACACCUUUAUUGACUUCCCUGAUGACAGUGACAAAGUGCUCACCAGAGUCUGCGGCCACUACAGGCUUCUGGGCAUUACCAGCAUUGGCUUUGAAUGGGGUUAUCCUUCAUACUUAAACAAAUAG